AUGGCGAACAUUUCGGACAAACUGGUCGCAAUGGCCUGUCCACUUGGAUUUUUUUACAUUUUCUUGGCGAUUGCAGCAGCUCAAUCGUCGGCAUCGACACCAGCUCCAGUGUUGGAUACAGCCGCCUCUGUUUCUAUCUCAAAGGGUAUAGCAGUGUCGCUGUUCCCAUACCCGUACCCUGGUCACGUGGAACUGUUUGAGGGCGUCGACCCGAAAGAAAUGACGUCGGCAACAUCAAGUACCCAGCAUCCAUUUCUUCAGGAAAAUAUUUUGAUCACCAAGUUGGUUCCAGACCCGUCUAGCGAUUCUUUUUUCUAUAUAGACGUGUACAGCAACAGUAUCUACCGCUGGAAUAACGUAACUACCACCUUAAAUGACCAGACCGUUUCCACCGUCGAUCAAACAAGUAAGGUGUUUGAGGGACUCUCACGGGCCAUCUGUAAGCUUGAAUAUGAUUAUUUAACGGGGAAUCUGUACUGGAGUGACCCCUUGUUACACUGGAUAGGUGUAAUGAAUGUCGAAUCGAAUGACCGUCGCGACAUCAAGCUUCUCCUCACUGAUGACGUAGAUUACGUAGCAGCCUUGACCUUGGAUGUCGAAAGCGGAUACUUAUUCUGGGUUUCGUCGGCUUAUGAAGAUGGAAAAAUGGAAAGAAGUAAUUUACAUGGAGGAGACCGUAAGGUGAUCAUUUCCAACAGCCUUGGGUUCGUGGAUGAUAUGGCAUUAGAUAUGCAUGAGAAAAAGCUCUACUGGGUGGACAGUUAUCGAAUGACCGUUGAAUCGGCAGGAUACGACGGCAAUGGACGUAGGAUCGUUCGUCGGCUGGUGGGAACCGAGUUCACCUCUAUUGCUGUAAUAGAGAGCAAUAUCUGCCUGAUUAAUUUUGAUGACUUUGAGAUGCAGUGUAUGUACAAGACCUCAGGAGAUCGUUAUGCCUACCAUAGUUUCUAUCCUAGUAACCCUUACGCUGUAGGGUUCUUCAAUCCGGAUGUUCAGAAGACUCCGUUAGAAAAUAAAUGUGCUACUAAGAGCUGUGAUCAGAUAUGCAUUAACACAGAUACCCAACCCAAGUGCUUGUGUAGAAACGGUUACACACUAAACCCGAACGGACUGACCUGUAGUGAGACCAACCCGAUGUACGAGACAGCUGUAGUUAUGAUCAACACAACUCACAUCUGUAUGAUCCAGGUGUCCUCCCUUUCCUCUUCGUCCCCCAAUAAACCUAUUCGUUGUGAGGAGACAAAUGCCACAAAAGAUGCAACUCAUGUCCAGGCUCAUGUAGCAAAGAACCUGCUGUACUAUACGGCUAAGAGCAAGGAGCCAACAUCAAUGAACAAGACCCAGCUGCUCCUUUUCGACCUCAGUGACCAAAUACACUAUGUGGUGGUGCCGGACAUGGAAGAACCUGAUGACAUUGCAUAUGAUUGGAUAGGUGAAAAGAUGUUUACCUGUCAUAGUAGACUGAAUUUAAUCAAAGCCUGGGAUGUUGUGACAAAGCUGUCCUCCAUCAUCUACCAGGGCGACUCUGUGGCCCAGGUAUCUGAGAUAACCAUCGAUCCACAUAGGGAUAACAUAUUUUGGAUUGCAAAAACAAGCAACGGAUUAGGUGUUUUCCUUGGCACGUUCACAGGACAAGCACCUGUGAGGCUUGUAAACAGUGGUUCCCUUACCCUACCAACUGGACUCAGCUUUGAAUAUCUCGAAGACAGCGUUUGCUUCCUUGAUUCUGGACGUUUCUUUACUGUUAAUGUCAAUGGGACCAUCACCAAUCAUCGGAUAUCUGUAGGCAGUGCCACACAGACACUUAUUUACAAGAACUAUGCGAUAUGGAACUCAGGACCUGCUACACUAAAGAUGUCUUUGUAUUCCUUGGACGCCAUUAUCUAUACUACUGUCACAACUAUGGGAACUAUUCUAUCCAUGACUCUCUUUGCUUCGGAAGCCCAGAAAUCAUAUCUAGAUCCUUGUAAGAGAAGUAAUGGAGGCUGUGAUGACUUAUGUUUCCGGCGAGAGGCAACAGCUGUCUGCCAGUGUGACUUUGGUCGAACUCUGAAGGCAGAUAAUAGAGGCUGUAGUGCAGAUCCAUUGUUAAAUGACUUCCAUUUGGUGACGGAUCUGUCGCAUGAUCGUAUUGUCCAAGUUUCUUCAGAUGGCCAAAAAAUAAUCACCUUGCCUCUCAAUAAUGUUAUGACCCCAGCCAUGGCUCGGUACGGUUUUCAUGAUGAUCUGCUCUACUGGAGUGAAGUAGGCAGUAGAUCUAUCAGACGGGGUAAACUGGAUGGUACACAUAGUGAGAGACUGAUAAGUGUUGGGGGUGAUACAUAUCCUGAUCGUUUCGCCAUUGACUUCACCACCAACCAACUGUAUUACACUGUUGCACAUACGAGUGAAUUAGAUAUGGGCUACAUUGCUGUGAUGAUUCCGACAAAAGAUCAGACGGUGAAAAAGACGCUGAUAAAGGGCCUACACUAUGUAGGGGGUCUUGCAAUACAUCCAGGAAAAGGCUACUUGUAUUUCAACAACCAUGGAUUAAAGGUCUACAUAGGUCGGGCAGAUAGUGAUGGAACAAACAUAAAAGACAUUGUCACAUUUAAUGAUGGCGGGACACCUCUUGGCAUGGCCAUCGACUAUGCAAAUGAGAUGUUAUACUGGGCGGAUGCUUACAGAGACCAGGACAAGAUCGAGUAUAUCAACCUGGAUGGAGUAUCCUCCACUCGCGGUGUACUCAGGAGUGAUAUGACUGCAGACAUAGUGGACUUGGCUCUUUCUGAUGGCUACCUCUACUACGUUGGAUACAACAGGCAUCGAAUUAUUAAAGUUAAUUUACAAAACCAGCAAUUGGAAGAUUUUAUGAAUGAUCAGCCAGAGUUUGGAGCCUGUGACUCUACUGAUGUCAUACCAACAACAAACACACAACCAGAGAACACACAGUGUGGUAGUAACAUGGGCAUGUGCUCCCAUUUCUGUUUCGCUAAGCCAACUGGUAAGAGGUGUGGCUGUCCAGACGAGAUGUACCUAGACCAAAACACACAGAUGACCUGCACCACUAUUCCACCAAAAUGCCCACUCAUUAUCCCGAACGGCCAACUCAACCCAGGAUGUUCAGCACUAAGUGGAACAAGCUGUGGAUAUAGCUGUUAUACAACUUUUAUGAAGAACCCAGCUGUCUCCAUCCUCAACUGUACAUCUCAACUGUUUUGGGAUGUCCCUACUGACUCACUGUGUAUAGAGAAAGUGUGUGACACCAAUAUGAAUAAUGGCAACCUAUUGGAUUGCAAAGGCAAAGAGGGCGAAUCAUGUACUUGGCAAUGCCCAACAAACUUCAUUAAAAAGCCUCUUAUCGAAGCAGUGGUUUGUCUGAGUAAUGGCCAAUGGAGCACACCCCUGGAUGGACUUUGUGUUCCUAUUUUAGUGAUGUGGAUGCCACUGAUAGCUCAUAUACUUAAACCCACAACCAUAGUUUUAGUGAUGUGGAUGCCACUGAUAGCUCAUAUACUUAAACCCACAACCAUAGUUGUAGUGAUGUGGGUGCCACAGAUGGCUCCAAGACUAAAACUCACUACCAUAGUUAUAGUCUUGUGGGUGCCACUGAUGGCUCCUAGACAAAAACUCACUACCAUAGUUAUAGUGAUGUUGAUGCCACUGAUGGCUCCAAGACAAAAACUCACCACCAUAGUUAUAGUGAUGUGGAUGCCACUGAUGGCUCCAAGACUAAAACUCACGACCAUAGUUAUAGUGAUGUGGAUGCCACUGAUAGCUCAUAUACUUAAACCCACAACCAUAGUUGUAGUGAUGUGGGUGCCACAGAUGGCUCCAACACUAAAACUCACUACCAUAGUUAUAGUGAUGAGGGUGCCACUGAUGGCUCCAAUACUAAAACCCACCACCAUAGUUAUAGUGAUGUGGAUGCCACUGAUAGCUCCAAGACUAAAACUCACUACCAUAAUUAUAGUGAUGAGGGUGCCACUGAUGGCUCAAAGACUAAAACCCACCACCAUAGUUAUAGUGAUGUGGAUGCCACUGAUGGCUCCAAGACAAAAACUCACGACCAUAGUUAUAGUGAUUUGUAGUGAUGUGGGUGCCACAGAUGGCUCCAAGACUAAAACUCACUACCAUAGUUAUAGUGAUGUGGAUGCCACUGAUAGCUCCAAGACUAAAACUCACUACCAUAGUUAUAGUGAUGAGGGUGCCACUGAUGGUUCAAAGACUAAAACCCACCACCAUAGUUAUAGUGAUGUGGAUGCCACUGAUGGCUCCAAGACUAAAACUCACUACCAUAAUUAUAGUGAUGUUGAUGCCACUGAUGGCUCCAAGACUAAAACUCACCACCAUAGUUAUAGUGAUGUAGGUGCCACUGAUGGCUCCAAGACAAAAACUCAUGACCAUAGUUAUAGUGAUGAGGGUGCCACUGAUGGCUCAAAGACUAAAACCCACCACCAUAGUUAUAGUGAUGUGGAUGCCACUGAUGGCUCAAAGACUAAAACCCACCACCAUAGUUAUAGUGAUGUAGGUGCCACUGAUGGCUCCAAGACAAAAACUCACUACCAUAGUUAUAGUGAUGAGGGUGCCACUGAUGGCUCCAAUACUAAAACCCACAACCAUAGUUAUAGUGACGUGGGUGCCACUGAUGGCUCCAAGACUAAAACUUACCACCAUAGUUAUAGUGAUGAGGGUGCCACUGAUGGCUCCAAGACAAAAACUCACGACCAUAGUUGUAGUGAUGUAGGUGCCACUGAUGGCUCAAAGACUAAAACUCACGACCAUAGUUGUAGUGAUGUGGAGGCGACAUGCCCUAAUAUAAUACCAAAUGGAUAUCUUCAAGACUGUGCAUACAACGCGGGCGCAUCUUGUCAAGUCGGGUGUAAUGAUAACUACAUUUCAAGUGUUGACUAUAUCCAUUGUCUUCCGGACGGAAUCUGGGACAUUAAUGUUCAGUCUUUGUGUACCCUUGGUAAUAUUCUUGUCAAAACAUGUGGCCAAACUAUUCCUAAUGGAUCAUUCCAAAACUGUAAUUACCAGGCAGACAAAUCUUGUAAGGUCAUAUGUAGUCUUGGUUAUAGUUCAACUAUAGAUUUUAUUCACUGUCUACCGGAUGGAGUCUGGGAGAAAGAACUCAAAGAUAUCUGUCAGUUGACCAAAGUGGUCACACCAGAGAAGCAAACUGCUGCAGCUAAUACAGCAGGCCUUACUGCUGCCGUCGCUGUCGUCGUCACUCUCCUCAUUAUCGUCAUUGCUUUGGGAGUCGCCUUCUUUUUCUGCCGCAGGAGAAUCUUCAACACAGAAAAGCAAGGUGUCCAGGGCCGUUACCGUGCUUCGCCUAAUGUUUACUUUAACGCCAGCGACAGUAGAGGCGAGGCACCAGCCCAGGGGUUCAGUAAUCCUACAUUACAGGCUAGUAAUGGUGAGGUAAUGCCUAAUACGAAUCCCCUCAAGUUGGACCAGAUCAGUUUGUCAGAUGAUACCACCAAACAAAACCUACAGAAUGAAGGACACUAUGACAGCAUUAAAGAUGGUCAGCCAGUAGCAGGGGCAGGUCCUCAUGAAGCAGUCAACCCACUAUACAGCACUAUGCAGCCAAAUGAAGAAAUGCAGUUUUCAAAUGCGGGAGACGUUCCGGAAAAGCCAGGAUAUCACCGAUUCAAUUGA